GGCUGGAGGCCGCAGGAGUGGGAGCCAGUAAGGCGCUUCGAGAAGGAAACGGCGGUAGCGCCCGGUGGUACAAGACGCGAGCGCGGGUACCUGCGAAGCGCCAGGUUCCGGCGAACACACCAGCUGAGCCCUCAGCAGCUGGAGCCCCCGCGCCAGUUUGGUUUGGGAACCCACCCGGAGGAGCCUGACCAUUCUGCCUCUUGUGGCCACUAUGCUGACUGCCCGCUUCUCCAGACCCCUGUCACAGCUCCUGAGGAAAACCCUGAAUUUCUCUGAUAGAGUAAAUGGAGCAAGAGGCUCGCUGCUGUUUCACUCUGCCUCCUUUGUCCCUGACGACCGUCGGACUUACGCUGCUUCGGUGAACCCAGUUGCCAGCAAAGCUGUCUUGGUCACAGGCUGUGACUCUGGAUUUGGGUUCUCCUUGGCCAAGCAUCUGCAUUCAAAAGGCUUCCUUGUAUUUGCUGGCUACUUGAUGAAGGCUCCGGAUGUGCAGGCUCAGUGGCCAUGGCUCAUGGGCCUAGCUGCUCUGCGAUAUGUGGGAUCUUCCCGGACCAGGACACGAACCCGUAUCCCCUGCAUCAGCAAGCGGACUCUCAACCACUGCGCCACCAGGAAGCCCAUCAUUGUCCUUUUAUACAUGGUUAUUGUUUGGGCACAUUUUGAUGGCGACUUUGAUGCCUUUCACCCUGGCUCUGUGGAACAGUUGCUGCCAAAGCCAGGGGAGCCAGCCGUGGUGGGCCUGGUUAACAAUGCGGGCAUCUCAGUGCUGGGGGAUGUGGAGUUCUCCAGCAUGGAGACCUACAAGGAGGUGGUGCAAGUAAACCUCUGGGGCACAGUGCGGGGGACAAAACCCUUUCUCUCCCUCAUCCAGAGGGCCACAGGCUGCGUGGUCAACAUUAGCAGCAUGCUGGGCCGCAUGGCCCACGCGGCCGGCCCCCCGUACUGCAUCACCAGGUUUGGGGUGGAGACUUUCUCCGACUGCCUGCACUACGAGGUGCACCCACUGGGAGUGAAGGUCGGCGUGGUGGAACCCGGCAACUUCAUUGCCACCACCAGCCUCCAAGGCGCUGAGCGCAUCCAGGCCAUCGCCAGUAAGAUGUGGGACGAGCUGCCUGAGGGGGUGCGCAAGGACUACGGCAGGAAGUACUUUGACGAGAGGGUCGCGAAGAUGGAGACCUACUGCAACAGUGGCUCCACGGACACGUUCCCCGUCAUCAGCGCUGUCACCCACACCCUGACCUCUGCUACCCCCUACACUCACUACCACCCCAUGGACUACUACUGUUGGGUGUGAAUGCGGAUCACGACCCACUUGCCCGGAGCGAUCUCCGACAGGAUCUACAUACACUGA